GACUUUGGGAUCCCAACACAGCAGGGAGGGAAUCACACUUGUCUUGGAGCAGGUAUUCACAGAAGAGCAGGAGAGCAGAAAGGAUGGGGCGGCUGCUGCUCUCCCUGCCCUGGAUGCUGUUGGUAAUGGCAAUGACCUCGUGGUUCAUCGUAGUGGCAGCCAAUGACUCCUCUUUGGAAGCUAGAAGAUGCUCAGAAUGUCACAGCAAUGCCACCUGCAUGAUGGAUGGGGUGGUCACCACGUGCUCCUGCCAGGAGGGCUUCACCGGCGACGGGCUGGUGUGUGAGGAUGUAGACGAGUGUGCCAUUCCCGAGGAGUACAACUGCUCGGCCAACACCAGCUGCGUGAACACACUGGGCUCCUACGAGUGCGUCUGUCCCGAUGGCUUCUACCUGGUGCCCGGGUUGGGCUGCCUCGAUGUGGAUGAGUGCCUGGAGCCAGAGGGGACCCUCUGCCACUCCCUGGCCACCUGCGUCAACGUGGAGGGCAACUACUCCUGCGUGUGCCCCCAGGGCUAUGUGGGGGAUGGAUGGCACUGCGAGUGUACCCCCGGAUCCUGUGGGCCAGGACUGGACUGCCUGCCCCUGGGUCACGGUGGUGAGCUCGUGUGUGCUGACCCGUGCCAGGCGUACCACACGCUGCAUGAGUACUGGCGCAGCGCUCAGUAUGGCUCUGGCUACUCCUGUGAUACCAACUUGCGAGGCUGGUACCGUUUCGAGGGCCAGGGUGGCGUCCGCAUGGCAGAGACCUGUGUGCCAGUCCUGCGCUGUAACACGGCCGCGCCCUUGUGGCUCAACGGCACGCACCCCUCCAGCAACGAGGGCAUCGUGAACCGCACGGCCUGCGCGCACUGGAGCGGCCACUGCUGCCUGUGGGACACACCUGUCCAGGUAAAGGCCUGUGCCAGAGGCUACUACGUCUACAACCUGACAGCGCCCCCUGAGUGCAAUCUGGCGUACUGCACAGAUCCCACCUCGGUGGAGGGGACGUGUGAGGAGUGCGGAAUUGACGAGGACUGCAUAUCAGAUAAUGGCAUGUGGCGGUGCCAAUGCAAACAGGACAUCAAUGUCACGGAUGUUUCACUUUUGGAUCAAAGGCUGAUCUGUGGGGCCAAUGACAUCAAGAUGUCCCUGAGCAAGUGCCAGCUACAGAGCCUGGGCUUCAAGAAGGUCUUCAUGUACCUGCGGGACAGCCACUGCUCAGGCUUCAGUGAGAGACGGGAGCAGGACUGGAUGUCUGUGGUGACUCCGACCCGAGAUGGUCCCUGUGGGACAGUGCUGACAAGGAACGAAACCCAUGCCACAUACAGCAACACCCUCUACCUUGCCAAUGAGAUUAUCAUCCGUGAUGUUAACAUCAAAAUCAACUUUGCCUGCUCCUACCCGCUGGACAUGAAAGUCAGCCUGAAAACCUCCCUGCAGCCAAUGGUCAGUGUCUUGAACAUCAGUGUGGGGGGGACCGGCAUGUUCACCUUGCGGAUGGCGCUUUUCCAGAACCCUUCCUACACGCAACCCUACCAAGGCCCCACAGUGGCCCUGUCCACGGAGGCCUUCCUCUACGUGGGUACCAUAUUGGAUGGCGGAGACCUGUCCCGGUUUGCAGUACUGAUGACCAACUGCUAUGCCACCCCCAGCAGCAAUGCCACAGACCCAGUGAAAUACUUCAUCAUCCAGGACAGAUGUCCACAAACAGAGGACCAAACCAUUCAAGUGCUGGAGAACGGGGAAUCCCCUCAGAGCCGGUUUUCCGUGCAGAUGUUCCGGUUUGCUGGGAACUAUGACCUGGUGUACCUGCACUGUGAGGUGUACCUGUGUGACACGGUGAAGGAGAAGUGCAAACCGACCUGUACUGGGACCAGAUACCGAAGCGGGGGCUUCAUAGACAAAUCCCGUGUACUGAACUUGGGCCCCAUCACGAGACAAAGUGUCCAGGCCUCCAUCUCGAGGGCUGCUGCCAGCAGCGUCGGGUUCCUGAAGGUCCUGCCGCCUCUGCUUCUCUCGGCUGCCUUGACCCUGUCAUUUCAGUGAUGGGCAGCAGAAAACCCUGGGCUCUGGUUCCCAGCCCACUCCCUGCCGGCCAGGAUGGCAGAGGCAGCCAGUGCUCAGCCACAGACAAGAGGCGGAGGCUCCUGCGUGCCGGCUCUGAGCCCUCCCUAGUCCUCACUGCGGAAAACCGGCCCUGCUUUUAACUGAUGCUCUUUCUCCUAAUGGGACUUGUGACAUGUCUGUACUUGAGGUCCUUGUCUCCUGAAGAGUGCGGCAGAAUAAUAAUGGUAGAAGACUGGC